UCUCUCUCUCUCUCUCUCUCCUCUCCCAGCAAAAAUCAAAUGAAUAAUUUCUAGCUGAUUCCAAGCGUGCCCACACACCCGUGCCCUUCAGUGUUGAUUGGAUAUCUCUCUCUCUCUCUCUCUCUCUCUCUCCCUCCUCUCUCUCCUCUCUCCUCCCUCCUCCCUCCCUCUGGCCCCAGUUUGUAAUCUGACACAGUGUACUGCAGAGGCUCUGUCUCUGUCUCUCUCUCUGGGAGCCCGGGAGGCUGGGCAACGAGAACAUCCAAGAAAUGACCCGGCACACUUGAAGACCACAGGCGCUAAAGACCAUUUGACAGACCUGACACUGGAAGACUCCCGCCGUGUCUAGAGAUAGGGAACCCCGCUGGAGGGCUUGGUGAAAGAUGAACUGAAGACUGGUGUGUAGAGGGAGCAUCAUCUGAGGCCCCAGGAAAGGCCUUCCCUUGAGGGCCCAGCAACAUGACCAGGUGAAGGCUGAAUGAACAUGCCUGGCUCUCCGUGGUGACCUGAGAGGAGAGCUCGAUUCACUGUGAAGGAGAAACGCCAGCUCCAAGCCAAACUGGAGAACUUGGAACAGGUCCUGAAGCAUAUGCGAGAGGCUGCUGAACGUCGGCAGCAGCUGGAGGUGGAGCAUGAGCAAGCCCUGGCUAUCCUCAAUGCCAAGCAGCAGGAGAUCCAGCUUCUGCAGCAGGCUCAGGUUGAAGCUAAGAAGGAGCACGAAGGUGCUGUGCAUCUGUUAGAGUCCAAGGUCCGAGAGCUGGAAGAGAAAUGUCGCGUGCAGAGUGAGCAGUUUAACCUUUUGUCCCGGGACCUGGCAAAGUUCCGGCAACACACUGGCAGUAUUGACUUUCUGGGCAGCAGCUCAGUGGCCUUGCUGGAUGUCCCCUUGGCCCCUGGCAAGCCUUUCCCACAGUACAUGAAUGGACUAGCCACCUCAAUACACAAAGGUCACGAGGGACCCACCGGACACUACUCUGUGAUUGGUGACUAUAUCCCGUUGUCUGGGGACAAGCUGGAGCCUCCUCCGUGUGUGAAGCCCUCCUUCCUGUUACGAUCCAGCAGCCCAAGAUGCAGAUUUGAGUCCGAGAUGGACAAUGACCGGAAUUCUAACAACUCCAAGCAAAGCAGCUCGGGGAAGGUGCACCUUUGUGUCGCCCGCUACAGUUACAACCCCUUUGAUGGGCCCAAUGAGAACCCAGAAGCUGAGCUGCCCCUCACGGCGGGAAAGUACCUCUACGUCUAUGGGGACAUGGAUGAGGAUGGGUUCUAUGAAGGGGAGCUGCUGGAUGGGCAGAGGGGCUUAGUGCCCUCCAACUUUGUGGAUUUUAUCCAGGACAAUGAGUCACGGUUGGCUGGUACUCUGGGGAGUGAGCAGGACCAGAACUUUCUCAACCAUUCUGGCAUUAGCCUGGAGCGUGACAGCAUCCUUCACCUUCCCUCCCCAACUCAUGUGGAAUCGGGCAUCACUGACAAUGGUGGGGGGACUCUGGACAUGAACAUCGACGACAUCGGAGAAGACAUUGUGCCUUACCCUAGGAAAAUCACCCUUAUCAAACAGCUUGCCAAAAGUGUCAUCGUGGGCUGGGAGCCCCCUGCUGUGCCACCUGGCUGGGGUACUGUGAGCAGUUAUAACGUGCUGGUAGACAAGGAGACACGCAUGAGCCUCCCCCUGGGGAGGAGAACCAAGGCGCUAAUUGAGAAACUUAAUACAGCCGCCUGCACCUACCGCAUCUCCGUGCAGUGCGUCACGAGCCGGGGCAACUCAGAUGAGCUGCAGUGCACGCUGCUGGUGGGCAAGGAUGUAGUAGUGGCGCCAUCCCAGCUGCGUGUGGACAACAUCACACAGAUCUCUGCCCAGCUCUCCUGGCUGCCUACCAACAGUAACUACAGCCAUGUCAUCUUCCUCAAUGAGGAGGAACUGGACAUCGUGAAGGCAGCCAGGUACAAGUACCAAUUCUUCAACCUCAGGCCUAAUAUGGCUUACAAGGUGAAGGUCUUGGCCCAGCCCCACCAGAUGCCCUGGCAGCUGCCGCUAGAGCAGAGGGAGAAGAAGGAGGCCUGUGUGGAGUUCUCCACACUGCCUGCAGGUCCCCCGGCUCCACCACAAGAUGUCAUUGUCCAAGCUGGGGCCACAGCCGCCACUGUUCAGGUCUCCUGGAAGCCCCCUGCGCUGACUCCCACCGGGCUGUCCAAUGGAGCAAACGUCACAGGAUACGGCGUGUAUGCCAAAGGGCAGAGGGUGGCUGAGGUCAUCGCUCCCACAGCAGACGGCACGGCGGUGGAGCUGGUCCGGCUGCGAAGCCUGGAGGCCAAGGCCGUGAGUGUGCGCACCCUGUCUGCACAGGGAGAAUCCAUGGAUUCUGCCCUCGCUGCCAUCCCCCCUGACCUCCUGGUGCCUCCAGCCCCCCACCCGAGGACUGCUCCCCCACCAAAGCCAUUAGCAAGUGACCUGGAUACCAAAGACCAACACCUGGGUCCCCACGUCAAAGUGGAUGAGUCCUGGGAGCAGAGCCGGCCGCCCGGCCCUGCACAUGGCCACAUGUUGGAACCACCUGACAUGCAUAGCUCUGGCCCGGGCAGAAGGUCACCCUCACCCAGCCGGAUCCUCCCUCAGCCACAAGGAGCCCCUGUGUCUACCACUGUCGCCAAGGCCAUGGCCCGUGAGGCUGCACAGAGGGUGGCCGAAAGUAGCAGGUUAGAGAAAAGGAGCCUCUUUCUGGAGCGGAGCAGUGCUGGGCAAUAUGCCAACUCAGACGAGGAGGAUGGCUACGCCUCCCCUGAGGUCAAGAGGAGGGGCACUUCUGUGGAUGACUUCCUGAAAGGGUCCGAGCUGGGCAAGCAGCCGCACUGUUGCCAUGGAGAUGAUUACCACACAGAGAGCAGCCGGGGGUCAGACCUGUCGGACAUCAUGGAGGAGGAUGAGGAGGAGCUGUACUCGGAGAUGCAGCUGGAGGAUGGGGGCCGGCGCCGGCCCAGUGGUACCUCUCACAAUGCCCUCAAGGAAUGCCAUAAGGCUAGGAGCUUGGAAGGCGCUUUCCUGGAGCAGCCCGAGUUCCCCCAACAGCCCCACCGCAGUAAGAGACUGUUCAGUAUCCCUGAGGUAGCUGAGGAGGACGCGGAGCAUGGCGAGCCACUGCUCAGGCAGGGCAUGGGGUCCUCCAGAGCCAGGGCCUUGUUGGCCAUGGAGCGUGGGCCAGCGCGGUCCUGUUGGGGACAUCCAGUCCUGCAGGGAUCCUGGCUCCCUGCAGAGCACAGGGGCCCGGGCAUCCAUAUGGAGGAUCUCUUUCUGGAAGACAGAGGUUGUCGGUUCAGCCGCUCGGCCACCAGGAGCCCCGACAGUGGUUUGGAUUGUGGCAGUGAGGAGGAAGAGUCUCGAUUUAGUUUCAGGAGCACCUCCGCCAAAUGCAGUCCAGGCCCUGGUCACUGUCCCUGUAGGCGAAGCCCGAGGCCCCUGCUGGCCCGCAGGCGGACGCUGACCCGACAGAGCAGCAUCGAAGAGGACUUUGGGGAGCAGGUGGACCCCAGUGACGUCAUCAGGAGCGAUGACCCCCAGCUCAGCCCGGAGAGGCCCGUGCCCAGGAGGGAUGGCUGGGACGAGGCCAGCGACCACGAAGAUUUUCGGGGUGUCUGGAGGAAAAGCCCAGCCAUGCCCGACAGUAGGGCAGCUGAGCGGCUCGCACAGCCUCCUCCCCGAGUGGCCGACGGCCCUUUGAUUUUAGGAAACUCUGCGUUGACGGGACGAGGAGACCGGAUGGAUCACGUGAGCCGGAGGUAUCCUCACAGUGGCGGGGGUCCUCAGAGGCAUCGGCCGACGAUGGCUCCAUCCAUUGAUGAAUACACCGGGCGAGACCGCCUUUCUCCAGACUUCUACGAUGAGUCAGAAACCGACCCUGGUGCUGAGGAGCUCCCAGCCCGCAUCUUUGUGGCACUGUUUGACUAUGACCCACUCACCAUGUCCCCAAACCCUGAUGCUGCAGAGGAGGAACUUCCCUUUAAAGAAGGACAGAUCAUCAAGGUAUAUGGAGACAAAGAUGCAGAUGGCUUCUACCGUGGGGAGACCUGCGCCCGGCUUGGCCUCAUUCCCUGUAACAUGGUCUCCGAGAUCCACGCGGAUGAUGAAGAGAUGAUGGACCAGCUGCUGAGACAAGGCUUCCUCCCUCUGAACACACCCGUGGAGAAAAUAGAGAGAAGCAGAAGAAGUGGCCGGGGUCACUCUGUGCCCACUCGAAGAAUGGUGGCUCUCUACGACUAUGACCCAAGAGAAAGCUCUCCCAACGUGGAUGUUGAGGCUGAACUUCCGUUUUGCACAGGAGACAUUAUUACUGUUUUUGGUGAAAUCGAUGAAGAUGGAUUUUAUUAUGGAGAGCUGAAUGGGCAGAAAGGCCUCGUGCCUUCCAACUUCCUGGAAGAAGUGCCUGAUGACGUGGAGGUCCACCUUUCUGAUGCUCCGCCCCACUACUCCCAGGAGCCACCCAUGCGCUCCAAGGCCAAAAGGGUUCCUCCCGAGGGUUCAGGGACAGCAAGGAGAGCUCCAUCCCCCACAGCCCAUCUCCAUUCGGGGUCACCUACGUCAUCUAUGGGUUCUGGUAGUCCUGGGAGAGGCAGGGAAAUGUCCUCGAAAAAGAAAAAAGGGCUGCUCUCCAGAGGCAAGAAACUGCUGAAAAGGCUGGGUGCGGUGAAGUGACCUGGGAGCCUUCGGACAGUUCCAAAUCCAUGUCACUCGCUUUAACUCCAAACUAGGGCUUUCUUGACUCCCAAAACCCAACCUUGACCCCCUCCCGCUCAGCAGUAGAGAGAUGCGCUCUUACACUACCAUCCACAUAAUACUACUGGAGAGAUCAGGGAGGGCUGCAUUGUGGUCCCCUCCUCCUUCACUCCCAAGGUUCUAUCCAAGGUCUGGGGUUGGGGGGGGGGGAGGGGCAGCUGGCUGAGUAGCAGGGGAGGGAGGGCUCUCUGCAGCGCCCCCUACCUGCAGUUCCAGCCUGCACACACUUGACAUCAGCCCUUACAGGAUUUCUGACCUUCCCCACUUCUCAAGAUGCUUGGCCUCAUCAUGCAUUAAUGUCAUUUCCACUCUGGUCUUGAAAUUCCUAGUUUAAUUCGCCUUGAUGUUCUGCCUUAUAACUGCACAGUGGUUUGUACUGUCGAAUAAAAACACCGUGUAUACUUCUCAUGUGUUGUGCAUUCCUGGGCUUCAUCCCCCCUGACACAGUGGCUUCACAUCACAGUGGCCCAGGUCCUACAUUUUCUGAUGCCUGCCUUGGUCUUUCAAAGCAAGCCAGCAAACACACAGGAGAUGUUUACUUACACCCCACCCCCACCCCUCCACCCCCACUCCCCUACACACACACACACACACACACACACACACACACACACACACGAGCAAAGGAGAGGGAGUGACCGGCAGCACGCACAUCCUCUGGCCAGCCAGGGAGCUGCUAAAUAACCUUUUGCAUUCAGUGUCCCAUCCUGUGGCUUUUUAGAUUUCUGUUACUUUCAUUAUUUAUUCAAAUGCCUUGCCCCGAUACAGCACCAACAGCACACACAGCAAAGCCAUUGCACGCUUCCUUAGCCAGAUCAGAAGGAGCCUAAAUUGAAAUCUCUCAGACCCAGCCCUACACUCAUCUUUACCAUUAGCCUUGAACAGCAGACCUCCCGACAUGCUGGCAGACGUGUGUGACAGUCACUACUUUGUAAUUCCUGUCCACUGUAAACUGUUUUUACUCUUUUACACACUUUUCAGACUGCCUUUCUUUUGUAAUUUCUGGAAGGUUUAUAAAUGAAUGACAAAGCUUUCCUCAUCAUGUCUUCAAAAACUAUAUUGUAAAUUGUAAAAAUCAUUGUAUGUGGUAGACUGAUUAAAAGGCUGUUCCUCAGUGUGUGAAGUGCUGUGUGGAUGUGUGCAUGUGUACAGUUAGGGUGACUUAUUUUCUAGAAAUAAACUUUGUUAUUUUGUACAA